GGGCGGCAACCCGGGUCGUGUGCCCCCUGCUGCCCAGGGCAUUCCCCGCGGCUCUGGCUUCGCCGACGAGAACUGGGGACUGCGACUGUGUCUCGGGCGGCAUGGCGGAGAAGCGGCACACAGUGGACUCCGAAGCCCAGCGGCUCCCCGUCUCCUUCAAGGACAGCCCCAGUACGGGCCUUGGACCUUGUGGAUGGAUUUUGGUGGCUGUCUCAUUCUUAUUCACACUUGUAACUUUCCCAAUCUCAAUAUGGAUGUGCAUAAAGAUUAUAAAAGAGUAUGAAAGAGCCAUCAUCUUUAGAUUGGGUCGCAUUUUGCAAGGAGGAGCCAAAGGACCUGGUUUGUUUUUUAUUCUGCCAUGCACUGACAGCUUCAUCAAAGUGGACAUGAGAACUAUUUCAUUCGAUAUUCCUCCUCAGGAGAUCCUCACUAAGGAUUCAGUGACAAUUAGCGUGGAUGGUGUGGUCUAUUACCGUGUUCAGAAUGCAACCCUGGCUGUGGCAAAUAUCACCAAUGCUGACUCAGCGACCCGUCUUCUGGCACAAACUACUCUGAGGAAUGUUCUGGGCACCAAGAACCUUUCUCAGAUACUCUCUGACAGAGAAGAAAUUGCACACAACAUGCAGACUACUCUAGAUGAUGCCACUGAUGCCUGGGGAAUAAAGGUGGAGCGUGUGGAAAUUAAGGAUGUGAAACUACCCGUGCAGCUCCAGAGAGCUAUGGCUGCAGAAGCAGAAGCGUCCCGCGAGGCCCGCGCCAAGGUUAUUGCAGCCGAAGGAGAAAUGAAUGCUUCCAGAGCUCUGAAAGAAGCCUCCAUGGUCAUCACUGAAUCUCCUGCAGCCCUUCAGCUCCGAUACCUGCAGACACUGACCACCAUUGCUGCUGAGAAAAACUCAACAAUUGUCUUCCCUCUGCCCAUAGAUAUGCUGCAAGGAAUCGUAGGAACAAAACACAGCCACUAGCCUAGCAUAGAGGUGAGCGCUACCCUUCCAAGGAUGAAGUGAGGGACCAAACUAGCCUUUAACUCAUAGAGUAGGGCUUGAAUAUUCUCCCUCCCUUUCCUUUUCCAUAUGUCAAUUGUGGUGUUCCCAGAAUGUAUAGCAGUUAUAAAAAACAGGUGAAAUAACCGUUAGCUUGUAGAUACUGAGAGAUUGGUGAUUUAUAUAAGGUAAUUUGUUGGUCUUUAAAUAGUUAAAAGUUUGUAUUUUUAGAUUAUUAUGUAGUAGGUUAGAUCCCCCUUGUUUUGACUUCCACUCUGUCAUUCUGAACCCUCUAAGCACCCAGGCCAGAGGCAAGAACCUAGGCUGUUACUGCCACCUGCCACCGCUGGCUGGAUUGCAGAAAGUGACGACCUUAUACCACAACCAGCUUCUCUAGGUCGUAUGUGCCUUAUCUCCAGAGAUCCAGAGAGGUUUUUUUUUUUUUUUUUUUUUUUUUUUUUGAGACAGUUUUGCUCUUGUUGCCCAGGCUGGAGAGCAAUGGCAUGAUCUUGGCUCACUGCAACCUCCACCUCCCAGGUUCAAGCAAUUCUCCUGCCUCAGCCUCCCCAGUAGCUGGGAUUAUAGGCAUGUGCCACCAUGCCCAGCUAAUUUUAGUUUUUUUGUUUUUUGUUUUUUGUUUUUUAGUAGAGAUGGAUUUUCACCAUGGUUAAUCAAGAACUUCUGACCUCAGGUAAUCCACCUGCGUCGGCCUCCCAAAGUGCUGGGAUUACAGGUGUAAGCUGGGCCCAGAGGUCUUAAUUAAGGAAAUUUCCCUAAUGUUCAUUUAUUUUCCAAAUCCAAACCAGAUUUCAGAAUCAUCCUUACUUGAGAGUAGCCAUUUUCUUGCCUGUACUUGUCAUAACUAGGGGAAAUAGUCAAGACUAAUGAAAAAGAUCACCCUAACCCUUCAAAGACUUUUAAAUUCACUAGUAUAGUGGCCCUUUUAAAAAUAUGUCCAUUUUUUAACUUCUUUGAGCCUUCUUUAUGAGUAAAUAAUUCCUCUGUGUUCUUUCAAACCAGCUAAAUAUUUGUCACAAAAGUGCUUUUUUCUCACUGUUGCCUAUUUUCAUAUAUCAGGUUUUAAAUAGUUUUAAUUUUACAAUAAAAUUUUCUCUAUAUUCGAUAUGCAGUUGUUAUAUAUCGAUUUGAAUAGCCUAAGGACUAAAAUACUUUUUUAAGAGAUAACUUCAGGAAGCCUUAUAUUUUACUGUCUGCAUGCUGUUAACUGUGGUACACUGUGAAAUAUCUUGAUUACAAACCCAUUCAUUACACAGUAUAAGGAAUUCACAAUAUAUUGGAUACAUAAUAUCUAAUGACCUUGGGCAGAUACUCUCAAACUGAAGAUAUCUAUAUAGAUGUAGAUCUUUUUAAUUUGCCUAGUCAUUCUUCUAUCAUGUAUAUUGAUGCUGAAAGAGGAAGUGAUCAGCUCCUCUGGACCACAAUUUCUUUGCAAUUGUCUGUGAAUCUGAGCAACCUGGCAUUCUACUUACUGGUCCAGAAAGCUGGUAGGUGACAUUUCUAACACUUCUUUGAGACUCUGAGUUCACCUAGGGAAGUCUAAGAAUAACAGCUUUCUUUCCCAGCACUAGCCUUUAUAGCUGUCCUUAGAUGAACGACUCUGUCCAUCCAGCCAAUAGAUGUUCCUUUCCCCUGUACCCCAAUUUUAAGCUUAUUUUAGGAAACCUUGAACCACCAUGUAUCCUGGCUCCUAGGUGAGUGUACUAGAGGUAUGGAGCAGUGUAACUGAAACUGAAACUCAAGUUGCACUUACAUUUUGAAUUUUAAAAUGAUAGUUUUAUCUGUUGUGUGAGGUGGCUCACUCUUGAGGACCAGGAGUCUCCAUAUCCUGACUGAAAAUCUUUUCUGAGACUUAGAGUAACCGUGCUUUUGGUUCCUUGAGUUCUCCUGUCUCCAGAUACCAGGUGAUCUUCACUUUUCUGCCUUGUGAAUUCAUAAUCCCACAGGUUGAAAUUAAAUCACUUGGGAGGGACGCAUAGAAGGAGUUCUAGGAACACAUUGCCAGUGCAAGCAUUUUUCCAGGUGGCCUCCCUUUCCAACAAUGUACAUAAUAAAGUAUAUGCACUUUCACUAAUA